AUGACUCGUGAAUGUUUGAGGCCCCUGUCCUUCCAGACCGAGUGCGAUGCCGCGUCCCGCUGUCGAGAGAAGGAUUUGGAGAACAAGUUGGCCUUUUUCGAACACAAACUGCAGGAGUACAAUGAUGCCGUGACUGCCUGUGAUCAGUCCCGCUUGGGCUGCAACGCCUCCUACGCUUGCUCCGUGAAGCAGGCAGCUUGGAAGGAGAAGCACUCCCAGUGCAACGGCAACCAGACCACCUUCGAACAGGCCUACUGCGAUUUGGCCGGAUCGCAGGAGGCUCAUUGGGACACCUACUCUGGCUGCCACGAUCGUAGCUUGAAGUCUUUGGAGGCGGAAGAACUGAAACAGGAGGGUUUGCUCACUGGCCGACGACAGGAAUGGCGUGGCUUGAAACGUAUUGAAUGCCUUCUGGGUGCUUUGACCGCCGAGGAUCAGACCGCCGCAUUGGAUGCCUGCAUCAAGAAGAACCACACCAUUGAUGCUGAAGAAGAACUGAAGCUCACGUAUCCCACCAAGGUGGGCUCCGUGCCGUCCAAGUCUACUUGCCAUGAGAAGCUGAAUGCCCCUGGCACCGCGUAUUUCUUGAAGACCUUCUAUUCCGGGGUGCCGGAAGUGCUGAUGCCAACCUCUCUGACCACCUACUACUGCGUCUCUGGCUUGAGCACCACCUACUGCCCUGUGGCCUCCUCCUCCCUGUCCUUGUUGGCCAAGGUCAACGGCCGCAUGCCGGUGGUGCCGCACAUCAAGUGAGCGACGCAGGACGCGACGCAAUCUGCGACCAUCGCCUUCACCGAGCGAGGGAACAAGCGCUGCAGUUUUCACCGUUUUGGCGCAGGGCUGGGCCCUACGUCCUCCCAAUACCGUUG